UUCUGGAAUAGUUUGAGAAGAAUAGGCAUUAACUCUUCUUCACAUAAAAGCUGAACAAACUCAUUUUCCUAAUUUUUUUUCCUCUUCUCAGUGUAAGAUGAGACGUGGGAAAAAACUGCCCCCACAAUAUGCCCUGGAGCUUCUGACAGUCUAUGCUUGGGAGCAAGGAAGCAUGGAAACAGGAUUCAGCACAGCUCAGGGAUUUCAGACUGUUUUGGAAUUAGUCCUGAAGCACCAGCACCUCUGCAUCUACUGGGAAAAGUAUUAUGACUUUGAAAACCCUAUUAUUGGACAAUACCUGAGAAGGCAACUUGCAAAACCCAGACCUGUGAUCCUGGACCCAGCUGACCCUACUGGAAAUGUGGCUGGUAAAGACCCAUAUAGCUGGCAGCUGCUGGCACAAGAGAGUACAGUCUGAAGAAAGACCAGAUGUUCUAGGUUGCCUGUUAAAGGCAGGGAGUAAUUCUGGAAUACUGGAGGAAAGAGCUGGGAGACUGAACAGGGUUCAGAAUCAAAGGAAUGUUUAAUUUGCUGAGAGAGAAAGACUCAGGGCAAAGCUCCUCCCUUACAAGGAAACGAAACCAACAGCAGCCCAGACUCAGGGCACACCUCCUCCCUUCCAAUGAAAUGAAACUAACAGCCUCCUGGACCCAGGCAGCAGAAGAGAUAGAAGCUAAAAGGUUUUCCCCUCCAGCUCUGCCCUCUCUGGCUCUCCUGUCCCAGCGUCAUGAUGGAGCUCAGUGAUACCCCGGCCAAGUAUCUAGACAAGUUCAUCGAAGACCACCUCCUGCCAGACGAGGAUUUCUACACGCAGGUCAACGAAGCCAUCCACACCAUCUGCAGCUUCCUGAAGGAGAGGUGUUUCCGGGGGGCCCCCCACCCUGUGCGAGUGUCCAAAGUCGUGAAGGUGAGUCCAGAACUGCCUGGCUGGGGAGAAGGGGGCUGGAAGAGCAAGCGUUUCCACAGCGACAGAGAGAGAGCAAAAGGUUGAGGUCUCUGGGGCUGGUGGUUUCUG